AUGGAGGCUGCUCCGCUUACGCUGGCCCACACCCAUGCCAGAAAUGCGGUGCUCGAGACCCGCAAGUCAAACCCCGUCGCUGCCAGUGAAGAACAUGAUUUAGCCGCCGGUGAGUUUGCGGCCGCGGCUCAUAGCAGUACUGAUCAGGAGGCCCUACGCGCCCUGCAACUCCUCGAGCAGCACCACAAAAAACUAGCAGAAAUACUCAGAUUCCAGCACGAACACCCUACCAACACACCUGAAAUACAAACUGCCGGUACAACCUUAUCGAACCCGAAUGCCCAGUUCUCCGCAGAUACCGGAAAUGCCAGGACGGGCGCACAGGGCGGGCAGGAUGCCCAAGGUCAACCUCCAAGACUGCCAGGGCACCCUCGUAUGCCCAGCCGGGAGUCAUCUUCUAUUGCCAGCGAUUUGGCUUCAGCGAGAGGAAUCCCAGCUCAACCUCGGCGUGGAUCACCUGUGUCACCAACGCUUUCCGCGCACCAAGCCGGAGCUAAGAUGACUGAGGGGUCAUCACGAACUAAGACUGGCGAAUCUAGAUUACGGGAGGUUCCAAAUAAGCAUCGGUCAAGUCGAGUAUCAGCCCCGAGGCAGCCCUGGUCACCUCCCAUGCCCAGUCCUGCCGACUUCCCUUCACGUCAAGUAGCUCCGACAGAGCCUUCAGAAUCCUUUCAAUCCAAAGCCAAGCCUGCAGGGGCUACAGACGAGACAUUCCAGCGCUUUUACUCUACAUUCGAGGGUCUGAUUUCCAGGAUUUCUGCUCCUUUGAGCUUCGCCGGCUUACCUCUCGGCCCGGAUGACUCUAGCAAAACUAACUCACCAAGCCGGAAAUCUCCUGCUGAGACGAAGGUAGAUCGUCAUCAUGCGACUUCCGACAAGGGACACGCCUACCCGGAGCCGGAUGUUAGCCGUCUUUUUUCUCGGGCUGCCUUACGAUCGAUUCGUGAUACACCAGGAACCAUUCCUGCAAACGGAACUGAGUCGUUCUAUGUGGUUCCAACAACUGGAGGAACAAUGUCAUAUGCAGGUAUUCUCACUCGAGCUGAAAAAGAAGCCCGCCGAAAUAGCUUGGACGAUGGGGAGGAUGACUUUGUAGAUGCGCGAGAAACCCCAGCCUCACCUGAGAUGCGUCAAAGCACCGGCAACGCCAAAACUGGCAGCAUUCGUCGGAAUGCCACUGAAAAGCUCAUCAGUAUACAAAACUCGAAGACCCUGGAAGAACUGCAGAUGGAGAAUCAAGCUUUGAAACAUCUCUCGGAUACAUUAUCAAAGCGACUUCACAUGUGGGAAGUCAACGCACAAUCCUCAUCCAUGGCUCUACAGCAGUCAUUACGAGCAAUUCAUCAUCAAUCCCCGGAAGCUUAUACACAUACUGCAUCCACAAAUACCUCUCCAACAGCGCAGAUGUCUAGUGCUCAUGCAAUGUCGGAAUCAGCGGACAGAGUCAAAGAGCUCGAAGAGGUAGUACGUCGUGGCGAGCAGGAAUUAGACCGCGUUGGACGGGAAAACGACAAACUGAAGAAUGUUUUGGGCCGAUAUCGAGAUCGGUGGGAGAGGCUUAAAGAGGACGCUAAGACACGGCGCGCGGAAGGUCGGUCCAAUGAUAAUCCGAGCACUCCUUCUACUCCUAUCCCAACCUUUAUGACUCCUGAAAUUCCCCCUUCGUCCCAGCCAGAUACAGACUCAUCGGGGAAAUCAGCUACUCAAAAGGCUACCAAGAGGGACGGUGAAAGCAAGAAGGAAUCGGCGGCACCCUGA